GAGUCGGCGUUUGAAAUUCGAACGAUGAGGAGCUACCAAGAUACAACUGUUAACUUUGAGCAUAUGUAUUCACCUGAAAAAGCUAGAAAACUUUACAUAGCUCAUCACGAUUUAUCAAGUUAUAAAAAUAGACUUUUCGCUAAGUUGGAAUAUGAAAAGAGAAUAGCUGUUCAAGCCAUUAAUCAGCAACGAGCUGUGAUGAUAAUAAAAAAGGAAAGACUUGAUAAAAGGAUAGAAGCCACAAAGAAUCGUAGAGGAAAAUUUCGAUUGAAUAUAGAGUCACGGACAAACUCAACAACUCAAUUGCCAACAGCUCAAGUUUAUAAUUUACCUCCUCCCGUUAGAACUGUAAAAACUGCUCCCUCAAGGCUCCACUAUCAACAAGCACUAUUGGACAAUGUGAAAGAACGAGAAACAGUUGACAGAAAGCUUGAACUAUACUACAGAAAUAUUGAAAAUUAUAAGAGAAGUUCACAUAGAGAAUAUUUAUCUGCCAGGGAAAGAUCUAGACCAGCAUCUAACAUGAAUCGAAUAUACGCUAGCGAGAGUUUAUUUUUAGUUACUGAAUCACCAGUAUCUAACUUGCAUCAAAUUUCUUUACCUGACAAAAAGAAAAAGUUAACAGAACUAUGGUGUCAUGAGUCAAAAGAUAUUCAAAAUAUGAGUUGUGAUCGUUUAAGAAAUUUAAGCAAAAGGAUGAUGGAUAAAAAAUUAGUUUUGAGAAAAGAUAAUAGACAGCUGAAUUUCCAAAAUCUACAAUGAAUUGUUAAGUAAACUAGAAAGUAGUUUAGCCCAAGAACAAACAAAAUCGAGCGAACGGAUUAAAAAAUAUUAGAACGGCAAUACUACGUUGCGAAUGAUUCAAGUGGCUGACAAGUGGAUUAUGUUAUGCUCUAUCCUGCAUAAUUAUUACUUCACAUUCGCUAAAUCAAAGCCUUCAACUACUCUCGGUUCAAUCAUUGAAGUCCAGCAGACAUUAUCCUGAAAAUAAAUCCAAUUGAAUAUUAGAGGACUACUCAGAAACUGACACAAUUACCAAAGUGCCUAAUUCAUAUGUUUCGUCGCUCUUGAUAAGCACUAAUUUAACGUCUAAUUGUUGUGUAACUUGAUCGUAAUCAAUAACUUUACCAAAACGAAAAUCACUUAUUUCAGGAGUAUAUGACGAGCCCAAUUCUAAAAUCUAUUUGAACAAAUAGAAAUCACGUAACUGUUAAAUUUUGACAUAAGUAAGCAAACCUUAUACACAAUCCAAUCGUUUAUAUCUGGAGGCUUUUUCAUUUCUUUACCUUUAGCUAAAAGACUUUCAAUAGAAAUCCCAUUCUUCACAAUAGAAGAAGUACAAGGAGUCGAGCUAUUUAAAUCUUGAGCCAUUGAAGAUUUAAUUUCUUUUCUGUUCCUUUGUCGCUUGUAAAUGAUAAUAUCAUCUUGAAUAACUGGUGUUGUAGUUUUUUUUUCUCUUGUAACUACAGGCAUUUGGCAUGGCGUAGAUUCAGUUUUAGAUACAUCCAUUUCCUCUGUUUGUUUGUCCUCGUCAGAUAGUUGAUUCGUGUUGUUAUUGAAACUUUCAUUACAGGGAACUCCAUUGUUAUCUUCGUCAGUAUUUUUUGAAGUUUCGACAGUUUCCUUCUCUUCGUCGGAAAGAAACGUAAUGUGAGAUGAAGCUGGUAGUAUAUCUUUAUAACGCCUUUUGCUCUUGGGUGGUUUUAUAUUGGGAACAAUAUUUGAACCUACUGUAGAAUUAGUUAAUAUGAAACUUGUGUUUGUAUAGGCGUCUUCAUUUACAUCUGUUUUGUUUUUUUUUCUUCGUUUCCGAUUUCGUCGACGGACUAAACCGACAUCAGUUUUGUCCUCAAAGCUGUCAUUUAAUGUCUGAGCUGGACUUUCAGUAUUGUUGACAGCUUUAUUUUGAAAAUUACUACUUGAAUGGUUAACUAGCGACGUAUUAGCAGCCUCAUCAAUAUUAUUAGUAAAAACUUUUUU